AUGGCUGAAACUUUACAAGAUACACCUCUUGUAUCGCCUCCCUCUCCUUCUCGCAAACGGUCCGCCGAACCCGAAGAAGUGUCAACUUCUACUCUGACGAAAGUCAAUGGAGAAACCGCCAUAGAAGGACCACCAGCGAAGAAGACCAAACUGAUUAGGCGCAAGAAGAGGCCAGCACCUCCACAAAUAGAUCCUACGUUGUUGAAGACGGGACAGCCUCCGCCACAGACGGGUACGACGUUCAAUAUUUGGUACAACAAAUGGGCUGGUGGUGAUCGUGAGGAUGCCUACUUGUCUAAGACUGCUGCGAUCAGUCGAUGUAAAAUAAAAGAGCAUUCGGGGUGGACACAAGCAGACAAAACGCCGGGUUCAUUCUUCUGCCUCUUUUUCGCACGUGGAAUAUGCCCAAAGGGCCACGAAUGCCAAUACUUGCAUCGACUACCGGGCAUAUACGAUAUCUUUAACCCAAAUAUCGAUUGUUUCGGUAGAGAUAGACACGCGGAUUACAGAGAUGACAUGGGUGGUGUAGGGUCUUUCAUGCGCCAGAACAGGACCCUCUAUAUCGGCAGAAUACAUGUCACGGAUGAUAUAGAGGAAAUAGUAGCACGUCAUUUUCAGGAAUGGGGAGAGAUUGAACGGAUCCGAGUGCUGACUGCGAGAGGUGUUGCUUUCGUCACAUACGUCAAUGAAGCGAACAGUCAGUUUGCGAAGGAGGCUAUGGCGCACCAAGCGCUCGACAACAACGAAAUACUGAAUGUGAGAUGGGCAACAGUUGAUCCAAACCCGUUGUCUGCAAAGAGAGAGCUUGCUAGGAUAGAUGAGCAGGCUGCGGAGGCCGUGAGGCGAGCUUUGGGCGAAAAGGCAGUAAGGCAGAUUGAGGGCAGGGAGACCGCUGAGGAGAAGGCUCAGAGAAGGCUAGAAGCCGGAUUCGGGUUGGAAGGCUACGAGGCUCCCGAGACUGUUUGGUUCAACAAACAAAAAGAGCUGGAAGCAAUGCAGCAGCAAGCUCAGCUAGAAGGACCACAGGACAGGAAAUUGCUGGAACCAGCGAUUGAAACAGCUGCGGAAGUAACACCACAACAACUGACAGCUGAGCAGCAACCUACAAAUGGCAUUUUCACGAGUUCAACACUGGCUGCCCUGCAGGGUCGAACGGGCGGUGCGAUUACUACUACUACUACUACAGCUCCAUCAAAACCGUCAACGUCUGGACUUCUGGUAGGAUAUGGCAGUGACGACGAUAAUUGA